AUGUCUAACGGCUCAAUUGGUAUGGGCUUUAAAUUUAUUCUCAAGACCUUGUUGUUCAAAUCCUUGUAUAUUGUAUACUUGGGAGAGAGGAAGCAUGAGAAUCCAGAGGAUGUCACUGACUCACACGUAGAUAUGCUCACUUGUCUCCUUGGAAGCAAAAAGGAUGCCAUGACUUCUAUAGUUUACAGCUACAGGCAUGGCUUCUCAGGCUUUGCAGCCAUGCUUACAGAAGCGCAAGUAAAACAAUUAGCAGAGUCACCUGACGUGAUCUGUGUAGAGCCGAACAGAAACUACGAGCUACAAACAACACGGAGCUGGGAUUUUCUGGGGCUACAGUAUGAUCAUCCAACUGAACUCCUCGAGAAGAGCAAUUAUGGAGAUGACAUCAUCAUAGGAAUCAUCGAUACAGGGAUAUGGCCGGAAUCCAAGAGCUUCGACGAUGACGGCUAUGGACCGAUACCAUCACGGUGGAAAGGCGUGUGCCAGGUCGGCGACGCCUUCGGCCCAGCCAACUGCAACCGCAAGAUCAUCGGCGCACGCUACUACACCACCAGAAUCGAUCCCGCCCAGCUCAAGAUGGACUACAUCUCUCCCCGCGAUUUCAACGGCCACGGCACCUUAACCGCCUCUGUUGCCGCCGGCUCCAUUGUGCAUGGUGCCAACUUCCACGGCUUGGCCGCAGGGGUUGCCCGUGGCGGCGCGCCCCGCGCCCGCCUUGCAGUGUACAAGGCCGUGUGGGGCACUGGCCGUGGGAAUGGUGCCACCAACAGCAUCGUCAUUCUGGCGGCUGUCGACGAUGCCAUCCAUGACGGGGUAGACGUGUUGUCGCUAUCGUUGGGGCUGCUGCAAGACAACUCAUUUGGGGUGCUCCACGCGGUGGCAAAGGGGUUGACGGUAGUGUAUGCUGCCGGGAACUCUGGGCCGACGCCGCAAACCGUGGUCAACACCGCGCCGUGGGUCAUCACGGUCGCCGCGAGCACAAUCGAUCGAGCAAUUCUAACCCCGAUCAGGGUAGGUCAGUCGAUCUCAGCCAAAAAAUCCAGGCGUCCCUACGGUGGAAGUUCACCUGAAGUAAUAUCGUCUCCGAAAAUAGCACGGUUCUCUUCGAGAGGGCCAACUUUACAUUUUCCUGGUAUAUUAAAGCCUGAUAUUGCUGCACCGGGAGUGAACAUCUUGGGGGCGUACAGGGAUGGCUACAAGUUGGCCUCAGGAACAUCAUUUGCUUGCCCCCAUGUAUCAGGAGUCGUUGUUUUGCUCAAGGCACUCCAUCCUGACUGGUCCCAUGCAGUAAUAAAAUCUGCACUCGUGACUACAGCAACGAACGUCAACAGCUACGGCAUGCCAAUACAAGCAGAAUCACUUGAGUCACUUCCACUGAAGAUUGCUGACCCUUUCGACUUCGGCGGCGGCCAAAUUGAUCCCAACAAGGCCUCCGAUCCUGGUCUGGUGUAUGACAUCGAUCCGCAGGAGUACUACAAGUUCUUCAAAUGCACUGAAGGGGAGUUUAGCAUCUGUGAUCAGGAACUGGAGCUUGUGUACAACCUGAACCUUCCUUCCAUCUGCGUUCCCGAUCUCAUCGACGCCAAAACUGUUGGGAGGACGGUCACCAACGUCGGCAAAGUGGAUGCCGUGUACAAAGUGUCUAUCGAGUCGCCGCCGGGUGUUAAAAUGACUGUGGCGCCGUCGACCCUCGUGUUCGAUGCCGGUGCCAAGGUGCAAAGUUUCAAGGUGACGUUCAUGGCGGUCCACAAGCUGCAAGGAAAUUACGUGUUUGGGAGCUUGACGUGGUCCGAUGGCGAAGGCCACGCCGUGAGGAUUCCGAUCGCGGUUCGCGUUGUGAUUCAGGAGUAA